UGUCUUGAUCGAGAAUAAUUUCUCACACACAUGCAGCUUACACGUUGACUCAGCCGCGGCGAUAUUCGCGGAACCUGUUCCGUCCAGUUCCCAUCCUAUCUGGAAACAAGUUAGGAAAGUGUUCCAUGUUCCUUCACGCUUAUGUUCCACACUACCGAGAACACCUUCAGCGCGCAUAUUCCUUUACAGGAAACGUAUUUAUGUAGUACUCUCACCUUUUUAUAUGUUGAAAACGCUUAUCUCUCUUUAAAGUGGUUCUUUCCCGUUUUGCUUGACAUUGCCACCCGCCUCUACCUCCAUUACACCGACACUUCCGCUCCCAGUCAGGCGAAAGACACGCGUCCAGGCGGCGUAUCGAGGACAGACACAAAGGAAGCUAGCUACCGCUUAGUUGGCAAAAACACUCGUUUUUUCCGCGGAUUAUAAGCAAACCUCUUCGUGAUCGAUUCUCGCGUGUCUGCGUCUUUCAUUUGCAAGUCCUUAAUAUGAAGGAAGACGUUUAGGGAGUCGGGAAAGGAGAAAGACGCCGAUCUAACCGAGGAGCUAGGCUGAGCCGGGAUCAGUCGACUGCUUGUUGGCUAACAGCGGCGCUCGGAGAAUAACGAAGAAGCCGGUAUGUCGGAUGAGGAUUCGCGUGCCAGCACCAGUUCUUCCUCAUCAUCUUCCUCGUCUUCCACCCAUCCGAAGCAAAAGGACACGCCUAGCAAGAAGCGAGAGACCAAAACCAGCAUGAGCAAAACCUCCAAGCUGCUCUCCACCAGCGCGAAGAGGAUUCAGAAGGAACUGGCGGACAUCACCGUAGACCCUCCUCCAAACUGCAGUGCCGGGCCGAAGGGAGAUAACAUCUAUGAGUGGCGCUCCACCAUCCUGGGCCCCCCAGGCUCUGUGUACGAGGGGGGGGUCUUCUUCCUGGACAUCGCCUUCACCCCCGACUACCCCUUCAAGCCCCCCAAGGUGACGUUCCGCACCAGGAUCUACCACUGCAACAUUAACAGCCAGGGCGUGAUCUGCCUGGACAUCCUGAAGGACAACUGGAGCCCCGCCCUCACCAUCGCCAAGGUGCUGCUGUCCAUCUGCUCCCUGCUCACUGACUGCAACCCGGCGGACCCCCUGGUGGGCAGUAUUGCCACACAGUACACCACAAACAGAGCAGAACACGACAGAACCGCCAAACAGUGGACCAAGCGCUACGCUACAUAGACCCCUCUACGCCCCGCCCUUCUGCGCCACGCCCCGCCCCCUAUAAGCCCCGCCCCCACACUGCCACUGGCCAGUGGGUGGAGCUGCUGCUGGAACACUGCGGGGGCAGGGGGCGGGGUUUGUUUUAUUUUCCCAGAGUGCAUCCCUGUCCUGCAUCUUCAUCCUGAUUAAAUACAAUCCAGCAAUAAGACCUGUGUCACUAACGGGGGUUUGUCUUCUUUUCUUUAUUUUUUGUUUCUUGUGUCCUCCUUCUGUUGUUGACGGGUUUCUAGGCGUCUUCUGUUAUAAGCUGGUGGAUACAUCUGAACUUUUGUUUCAGUUUUUUGUUUGACUGCUUGUGGAACUUUGUAUGGAAAAGGUCUGCCUACGUGGCCAAAUCUCAUCUUUUCAAUGUGAAUCAGUUUUAUUAUUAAAGUUAUAAUUGAUGGA